AUGGAGGAGAGUGUUACAGGCAAGAGUAGCCGGGCAGUCUUGGUCUUUGCUGCAAGCGAGGGGACCUCGGAACAAGCAAUCGACGGCGUCGGUAUCGCAAUACAGUCCUGCGGGGCAGUCAACAUUGGUUUGGCAGUCUGGCGGCAAGACGGUGCAAAGACCAGUGGAGCUGCAGGUUUGUCCAGAUGGGCACUGGGAGUUGAUCAGGCAAUUCUGAGGGGGGGCAGUGCAGAAACCUCACUUGUCUGGACGCAUUGA